AUGGCUACUUUGCCAGGAACAGUGCCUCGAAUGGUGCGCCCUGCGCCAGGCCAGAACUACCCCCGAACCGGCUUCCCCCUGGAAGUGUCCACCCCUCUGGGCCAGGGUAGGGUGAACCAGCUGGGCGGAGUGUUCAUCAACGGGAGACCCCUGCCAAAUCACAUCCGACACAAGAUAGUGGAGAUGGCCCACCACGGCAUCCGGCCCUGCGUGAUCUCGCGACAGCUGCGAGUGUCUCACGGUUGCGUGUCCAAGAUCCUCUGCCGGUACCAGGAGACCGGCUCCAUCCGUCCGGGGGCCAUAGGAGGCAGCAAGCCCAGGGUGAGUGGCGCUCCGCGGCCGUCUGACCGGGUCACGGCGGCACGAGGACAGGGGGGGGGAAAGCAUGGGGUCACGGUGGCACGAGCCGUGCAGCACCUGACAGAAUUAAUGUGGAUAGUGCAGGUGGCACAAGUAGCAACUCCUGACGUGGAGAAGCGGAUCGAAGAGUACAAGAGAGAAAACCCGGGUAUGUUCAGCUGGGAGAUCCGGGAUAAGCUGCUGAAGGACGGGGUGUGCGACAGAAGCACAGUUCCUUCAGUGAGCUCCAUCAGCCGCGUUUUGAGGGCCCGAUUUGGCAAAAAAGAUGACGAGGAUGACUGUGAUAAGAAGGAUGAAGAUGGAGAAAAGAAAACAAAGCAUAGCAUCGAUGGCAUCCUCGGUGAUAAAUAUAAUUUUGUCCUAUUUAUUCAUCACUAG